AUGGCCGAUCUACUCUUCACAACUGGUUGUCCUGUCAUAGCUGUUGUACGCAUCACCGGGACAUGGGUUCUGGGUGCAUUCUUCUGUCACACUCUCGUCUAUCUGGAAUUUGUUUGUAUGUUUGCUGUCAUUUGGACGAUGACCGUUAUCAGCAUUGACCGUUUCAUUUGCAUUGUAAAGCCGAACAACUGUCGGAUAUCACUGAAAAUGGCGAUUGCAAUCGUCAUCGUUAUUUGGCUGUUUGCCUUCACGAGCUCUAUUCCCAUGGCAGCGUUUUUCAAUGUCAAAUCUUUCUCCGUGGACAACUCGACUAUAAAGAUCUGCACGUUGGUCUGGCCGCAAAGCACCACAGUGCAUGUAUCAGUUAUAUUUGUUUCUUGUCUUUUUUUGAUAGGCUUCGUGGUGCCUCUGAGCAUCCUGAGCCAUAACUAUUACCGCGUCUUCCGUACGUUUUGGAAAUCGAAGAAGACGAUUCACCGCAAAGAGAGCAGAGCAAGCCAGAAUGUCGAGGAUCUAAUAAAAUGCACGUCAUCUGGAACCAAAAGGCGCAGUGCCCGUAGUUACCGCGUGAUUAGAAUCCUUGUGCUCCUUGUACUUCUUUUCUUUCUCAUGUGGCUGCCCAUCUUCAUCGCUUUUAUCGGUGUCCAGUACGACGGCUCUUACGAGUACUUCAAAAUGCAUUCCUGGAUGUUAAUGACGUGCGCCUAUUUUGCAUUCGGAAACGCUUGCGUUAAUCCGUUUGUUUACGUCUUCAUCAACGAACGAUUCCGUCUGAAUAUUCUCCCGUGUAGGAAAACCCGGAAUGGUCAGCCCAAAAGUGAAGAACUUGGUUCUUUUACUGGGUCUGCUUCCUGA